AAACUUUGUAUAAUUUGUAACCAUUGAGGUUAUAAAAGUUAUGUAGGUUCCAAUAUUACUUCUUUUUAAUGCAUUUAUAAUGUGAUUUGUCUUCAAAUUUUCUUUAGUUUGACACUUUUUGUCAAUAUGGAUAGUCUAAUGAAUAACUCUAGUGCUUUAAACGAAAUUAAUUCCUUUGAAAACGACAUGAAAAUGAGAUACAUGAUUACUAAAAGCACUUUGGCUUCAGAGUCUGACGAAUGUGUUAUUUUCCAACAACUGGACAUGUUUUCACAAGGUUUUCCCCUUAUGGAAGAGAUUCGUCGUCAAGGAAAACUUUGCGACGUAACAUUGAAGGUAGAUGAUCAAUCAUUCAGUGGCCACAGAAUUGUUCUGGCGGCUACCAUACCUUACUUCCAUGCUAUGUUCACUCAUGAUAUGGUAGAGAGUAAGCAGAGAGAUAUCACAAUUCAUGGAAUCGAUGCUGUGGCCCUGGAGGCACUCGUGAACUUUGCUUACAGCGGUCGAGUCACCAUAAACACGACUAAUGUUCAAAGCCUAAUGGUGGGAGCUUCCUUCCUACAGCUACCUCGAGUCCGGAAUGCCUGUGCUGACUUUCUCAAGAAAAGAUUUCACCCACACAACGUGCUAGGCAUCCGACAGUUCGCCGACACGCUGGGCUGUGUGAUGUUGGUAGAGGCGGCCGACAAGUACAUCCAACAGUACUUCCACGACGUCUCUCUCUCCGACGAGUAUCUCUCUCUCACCGCCGGCGAGCUGCUCGACAUUGUCAAACGCGAUGAGCUGCAUGUCAUCUCCGAGGAACAGGUAUUUGAAGCCAUAAUGCGAUGGGUGAAGAAAGACCAAGAGUUGCGCAACAAGGAUCUGCCUCACCUACUGUCGACGGUACGGAUGCCUCUGCUCACGCCUCACUAUCUAGCCGACAGAGUCGCUACUGAGGAGCUGAUUAGGACCUCCCAUGAGUGCAGGGACCUACUGGACGAGGCUAGAGAUUACCAUCUAAUGCCCGAGAGAAGGCCUCUCCUGCAGAGUUUUAGAACAAGGCCCAGGUGCUGUAAUUACAUUAUGGGACACAUUUUCGCUGUAGGAGGCCUCACUAAAAGCGGCGACUCGUUGAGCACAGUUGAGGUGUUUGACCCGAUUGCCGGCAGAUGGCAGCUGGCUGAAGCGAUGAGUAUGCUGCGCAGUCGAGUUGGCGUGGCUGUUCUCAAGAACUGGCUGUACGCGUUUGGAGGCUACAACGGCUCUGAACGGCUGUCGACUGUUGAGGUUUUCGACCCCAUCAAGAAGACAUGGAGCAAAGUGUCGCCGAUGCACUGCAAGAGGAGCGCAGUGGGUGCGGCAGCACUGAACGACAGACUGUACGUGUGCGGCGGCUAUGACGGGGUGUCGUCGCUGAACACAGUGGAGUGCUACAACCCGGAACGCGACGAGUGGACUAUCAUAAACAGCAUGCAGAAGCACCGCAGCGCCGGCGGAGUCAUCGCGUUCAAGGGCUAUGUCUACGCCCUCGGAGGCCAUGAUGGACUCUCCAUUUUCGACUCGGUGGAAAGAUACGAUCCCUCAACAGGCCAAUGGUCAUCGGUGACACCAAUGAUGACCAAGAGAUGUCGACUGGGCGUGGCUACCCUCAACAGUAAGCUGUAUGUCUGCGGAGGCUACGACGGGGCCACCUUCCUUCAGACUGUCGAGAUGUACGAUCCCAUCACUGACAAAUGGAAGUUCGUGUCGCCGAUGAACGUGAUGCGCAGUAGGGUUGCGCUGGCUGCCAACAUGGGCAAGCUGUGGGCGAUUGGAGGCUACGACGGUGUCACAAACUUGGCCACAGUCGAGGUGUACGACCCCAACACCGACUCCUGGUCGUUCGUCGCCUCCAUGUGCGCCCACGAGGGUGGCGUCGGCGUCGGCGUCAUUCCCGUCUGCAAGCUCGAAUAGUCGUAAAAAAUAGUCUUUGUUAUUCCUGUCUGCUAAAUCAAGUAGGUCGAUCGAUCGUCUAAAAAGUGAUUUAGAAAUGGCAUAAAACGAGGUUGAAACCAUGGUUGUAGGUGUCAUUCCCGUCUGCAAACUCGAGUAGGUCGAUCGAUCGUCUAAAAAGUGAUUCAGAAAUUGUCAAAAAUGAGGAUUAAACCAUGAAGGUUGGAAGUAGUUCAUAUUUCUAUAGUUUAAACUGUUAAAAAUAGUCGGUGUCAUUCUCGUCUGCAAACUCGAGUAGGUCGAUCAAUCGUCUAAAAAGUGAUUUAGAAAUUGUCAAAAACGAGGAUUAAACAAUGGAGGUAUAGUGAGGUCUACGUUAUAAUGGCAGUGAAGAAAGAUAGUAGAAAAACGUUGCCAAGUCUCUCCAUUUUGCCACUGAGUGUACACAGCUGUUAAUCAAUUUAUCCCAUUAAAUUUGAUCUAAUAAUAAUUAUCAUUUCCUUGAUAAAAUAAUCAAUUUAAUGUCAAAUUAAUCAAGAAUUUUUUUCCAUAAUUUGAUUCGAAAAUUUUCUUUCAUAACUGACAUCAGAUUUUCAUUUUUAUACAAACCUGAAAUGGCGGCUAAUUUAAAAAGCUGUGAUACAACAAUCUGAAUUUCAAAACAACAGAAAUUAAGUUAUUUGGUAGGUAUUCUAUUCCAAUUUCUUUUAAAAAUAAUAGAAAUCCCAUUUUAAAUAAGUAAUUUCAAUGUAAAUAAUUUCUGAAAUAACCUUUCAAUAUUAUUUAUACCGGAAGGGUAGGUCUAACCUAUACGUGUAGGCUAACUGAAGCAUGGAUGAAGUCUAGGAGGAUGGUUAGUUAUAAACUUUUAAAAUGUCAUUUCAGGUAUUUUAAUUUGUGUUUCUCAUACGGUAAUGUCUAAAUAUUAUUUCAUUGUUUCAAAAAUACAUUUUAAAUCAAUUACACGAUUUGUGUACUCAAGUAUUUCGAUAGAAUUAAGAACAAAAUGGCGACCGAUAUUGAAUUGUUUACUUUUGUACAGUCACUGUCAAAAGUAAAAAUAAAAUAUUCUGGCAAACUGACAACAUCGCAAAGCUAGAGAGAGAUAGCGCUAUCUGUUUUGUUAUGUGAUAGAAAAGGACAGCAACAGUAUUGUCAAUCGUACACUGUCAUUAUAACAUGGACCUCACUAUAGCAGGCAGUUCCUACCUCCAUGGUUUAAAGUGUCAAAAAUAAUCGGUGUUAUUCCUGUCUGCAAACUCAAGUAGGUCGAUGGAUUGAGAAAGUGAUUAAAAAAUAGUCAAAAACGAGUUUAAACAAUCGAGGUAGUUCCUAUUCCAUAGUUCAAACUCAAAUAUAUUCGGUAUCAUUACUUCUGUAAACUCGAGUAGGGAGAACGGUCGUCAAAAAAGUGAUUUAAAAAACGAGGUUUGAAUUGUCAAGAACAUCCUGUGUCAUUCCCGUUUGAAAAUUCGAAUAGGUCGAUCGAUCGUCCAAAAAGUCAGUUACGAUUGUCAGAUACGAGGUUUGAAUUGUCGAAAUUAGUCGUCAUUCCUGCCUGGAAACUCGAGUAGGUUGAUUGAUUGUCAAAAAAGUGGGUUGUAAUUUAACUGUCAAAAGAUCAAUUAUAUUUGAUUUGGAUCGAUUGCGAGUUGUAAACUAGUUGUAAGAAAUAUAUGUUUAAUUUGAAUGAAAUAUUAAAGUAAUAGAUUUGGUUUCAAUCCAUCCCUGAAAGGUUUUGUUAGUUCUAAAUCAAUUGUUAAAAGAUGGGUCUUUGAUGACUUGUAUAUUUGGUUUGGAUCGAUUGCGAGUUGUAAACUUACUGUCAGAAAUAUAUGUUUAAUUUGAAUGAAAUAUGAAGUAAUAGAUUCGGUUUGAAUCCAUCCCUGAGAGGUUUUGUUAGUUCUAAAUCAAUUGUUAAAAGAUGGGUCUCUGAUGACUUGGAUCGAUCCAAGUUCUAAUGACUUGGAUGAAAAAAAUUCAAGUUCUAAAAACUCGUAAAUAGAUAUAUGAUUAAAAUCAAUCGUGAAAAGUUGUAAGUUCUUAAUUGAUCGUCAUAAAAUAGAUCUCUACUACUUUCAAUCAAUUCAUUGCCAAAAAAGUGUAUGCUCUGAAACAAUCCAAAAUUGAUUUUUGACUUCAAUUAAUCUUCAAAAUUAAAGCUCCAAAUAAAUAGUCAAGAAUAGAUUCUGGUUAACGAAUAUUUUAUUUGAAUCAAUUGUGAAAAGUUUGUUUUGAAUCAAUUGUUAAUAUUUCAGAGAAUGCUUAUGAAAAGCCUUGACAAACACGAUCCAAAUUUAGUUAUUUAUAAGAAAGAGGGAAAAAACAAUUUUUCUCUAUUCUUUCUUCUACAAUCAAUGUAUUUAUUUGUGUUUGUGUUAGUAAUUAAUAGAUAUAAUAUACUAGAAAAAUAUUGAAAAUUAUAAUAUAUUGCAAGCUAUUUUAUUAUCAUUUACCUUAUUAGAGAAAAUUAGCACUGACAUCAACAAAUAUGCACCAAUACUAGAAAAAAAUCUAUAAAUCUGUGAUUGAAAUCCUACUGUUAGCUCAGUUAUGUCUAUAACUUGCAAUAAACGUUUAUCUACUGUACAAUCACUCACCAAUAUUUAUAAUAGUUGUACCUAUAUUUUAGGUUAUACUGUAAUAGAAAUUUAUUCAUAUUUGUGGAGAAAUAUUUUUCAACGUAUUUAUUUUUUAAACACCAAUUCUCAAAAACUCUAGGUCAAAUAGGAUAUUCAAUUCAUCUCAUCAUUGUCUGUGUCUCUAUGGCCCGGUUCCUAGAACACCUAUUAAAUCUAAUGAAUCAUUAAACGUUCAAUGGUUAAUUAGAUUUGAUAAGUGUCCUAGAAAUUGGGUCUAUGUGUGUUUAGCUAGAAAUCAAUUCAUAUUGUAUUGGAACAUUUUAUUGAUUGUUAUAUGGGAAUAUUUCCUGUAUUAAUAUUCAAAAGUUUGAUUAUAAGGCUGUGACAAAAAUAAUGUAUUAGACCAAAGCUUCAUCAUUAAUUUGAGAAUGUUCUUCUCGUUUUAUGAGGGAAAAAGGGAGGACUCCCAUAGACUUAUGCUACUUACUACUUCUAUUAUGAACUUAUAUACUACUUGGAUAUUACAUAAGUUAUAUGCUAUGUAACUUUACCACUUUGUUUUGAUGUUUUCUUUGCAUUUACUUACUGCAUUAUAAUUUAAAAGAUACUGUUUUAAGAGGCUCAAUACACAUUUCCAUGCUUAAUUGCAUUUCAAUUAGGAGUUCAUUACUACAAUAGGUUACUUCUAUAUGUGAUUUUCUCAUCUAUUAUCACUGGAAAAUGGAAAAGUGGUGAAGUGUUAUUAGAAAAUCAACAUAACGUCAUGGUAUUGUUAUUACAUAAAAGUUAUCAAGUAUUCGAGGCAAGCCCAAAAGGCAAUUCACCUUACCAUAAAAACAGCUUAUAAUUUCGAUAUCAUUGUCUUAUAUUCUUCAAGAAUGUCAUGUUUAGUAGAUACUAUGCAUGUAAUAAUUCCUUUUCCUAUAUACGAAUAGUUAAUUUAGAAAUAUAGUAUGUUGACGUAAUAUAUAGGCUAUUAUCUAGUUUCUUUGGAUAUAAAAUAUUAACUAAAUUGUGAACUUAUAUUCGUUUUUGUCUAAUUUAAUUUCAUAUUCAUUUCAUCUCUUUCAUAAAACAUUCUUUCAAUCAAUUAUUUAUUCAUUGAAGUUAUCAUUUAUUCAUUGUUGAAACACCGCUGAUUUAUGUAGUUACAUUACAAUACUAUAUUAUCAAUAUUCUAAUGUUCCAUUCAAUCUUCAUUGUAAUUAAUAAGUUUCCAUUAUAUGUGAAAUUUGUUGCAUAAUUAGCUGUUGUACUGUAAUUUAUUGUGGAUUCGUGUAUAGACCAGAAUGUAUUGUGACUUACUUGAAUAAAUAAAUUUGAAUUUGAAUUUGAAAAUUUGAAUUAUGUAUUUUUAAACGAGCUGAUUCAUCUGAAAAGUUAGGUGCUCUUUUGAAUGCUCAUUACUACUUACUGUAACCUUUCUCAGUUUUUUGCUCACCUGCUUGUUACAGAAAUGAGAUAUUCAUCUAAACAACAAUGUUUUAUUAUAAAAUGAAUUUCAGUUUCAAAUCUUUCAGUUUCAACACAAGAUCUCUAUUAAAUAUGAUUGAUAUAAUUUUUCUAAGCAUUUAAAGUGCAUUAAAAAAUUCCUACAAGACUUGAUAAGCGUUUUCUCUAGUGUAUUCCUACUUAUUUUUAGUUAUUUAAGUCUUGCCCUGACAGUUAUUAUGUCUUAAACUUUGUUGAAUAUUGUAUUCAUUGAAUUUUCUUGAUUGUAUAUAAUUUUAUAAAUUUUCACUGUGUAGUGAAAAUUUGUAACAUUGUAAUAACUAUUGGUUUUCUUCUAUUCUACUUAAUGAUUAUUACUAUAGUGAGGUCCACGUUAUAAUGACAGUAAUUGAUCAACUUUGGCUUUGCUAACCUUGUCUAUCAUUUAACUAAACCGGUGGUAAUAUCCUUUUCUAGGUCCACAACGAUGCCAAUUAUGUUUUUGACAGUGUAGAAAUAUAAUAAAUUAAUACAGAGAAUCGGCAUCGAUAUUCUUUUAUUUUUAUCCCCUGCCAUUAUAACGUGGACCUCACUAUAGUGAUUGAUUACUUUAAGCAUAAAAAUACUCUACUUAGAGGUACCGGAAACUACUUUUAAUAUUUCAUGAAAAGUGACCAAAAUAUGUGGAUUGAUAGUAAAUAGUAAUUAAAUAAUAAACCCAAUUUUCCUUGUGUUUGUGCAAAAUCAAAAUAUUAAUGUUAAUGCCGGUUGCACAAAAGCCGGUAAAAUUUUAAUCGUGUUUAAUUCCACGAGAACCAAUCAGAGAAGCCGUCAUAUCAAAAAGGCCUUCUUUGAUUGGUUUUCGUGAAAUUAAUCACGGUUAAAAUUUAACUGGCUUUUGUGCAACCGGGCCUUAGUAUUUAUAUAAUAAUAAAUUUAGAAUUAAAAAAGGUUUGUGUUCAAGUUGUACGAAAUACAUAAGAACAAAACUAAACUUAAUCUCGAAUCAUUGUAAGCUUGAAAUCUUUUUCAAACAGAUUUUUCACACUGUUUUCUUCAUUCUUCUUUAAAAUGAAAAUAAAUAAUUCAUUCAUAUGAUAAGACUUUAUCAAAUAUUACCUUGGGCAUUAUUAAUAACAACUUCAAAAUCUUAUCUUAACUCUUAACGGAAUAAUCCUAUUAAGAGUAUCUAUUCAGAAAUUCAGAGUUAGCUUUUCAAGUACUUCUCAAAAUCUACUAUAAAUUUUCUAUAGUAUCAAUCAUCAAUCUCUCGUUAUUUUAUCACUAAGCAUUUGAUUCUUGCAAUUAUUUUCAAGCACAUAUUUACGGUACCUAGCUGAAACACUGAGUUUCAUACUUUAAAUCAGCGUUGUUCUCAUUAUUAUUAUUAAUUAUGUAUCUUAUUUGUGUGUUGAGUAGAAAUAAAUAAUACAUAUUUUGAA